AUGAGCAGGGAGCUGAAUGGAAUUGUAAAAGCAUGGGAUGCAACAGUUAGAAAAUCUGCAACUGCUAAGAAAAGGGCUAACAGCAUCUUCACACCGAUGUCUGUAGCCCAUGUAGACGACGAAGACGACGACGAACAAGCGUCGUCUUCGUCGAAAGAGUUGUGUCAUAUUGAAAAGAUUUUCUCCAAUGGUGAUUUCUACACAGGUCAAUGGCUUGACAGGUUUCCACAUGGUCAUGGUAAGUAUCUAUGGAUUGAUGGUUGUAUGUAUGUUGGUGAAUGGAUUCAAGGUUUUACAAUGGGGAAAGGUAGGUAUAGUUGGCCUAGUGGUGCUACCUAUGAAGGUGAAUUCAAGGUUUUUUAUAUGGAUGGUAAAGGUACUUAUAUGGGUUCAUCUGGUGAUACUUAUAAAGGUUCUUGGGUUAUGAAUUUGAAAAGUGGGAAUGGGAAUGAGAGUUAUCCUAAUGGUGAUUUCUAUGAUGGUGAAUGGAAGAAGGGUUUGCAAAAUGGACAUGGUAGGUAUCAAUGGAAGAAUGGUAACCAAUAUGUAGGUCAAUGGCGGAAUGGUUUGUUUCAUGGGAAUGGUACAAUGAUGUGGCAAAAUGGUAAUAGGUAUGAUGGUUGUUGGGAAGACGGUUUACCGAAAGGUAACGGUACGUUUCGAUGGUGUGAUGGUAGUUUUUAUGUUGGUGUUUGGAGUAAAGAUCCUAAUGAACAAAGUGGUAUGUAUAAUCCAUCCGGUUCGUGUGAUAAUCAUCUCGAAUGGGAUCCUCAAGAGGUUUACACUGUUGAAUUGAGUGAUUGUACGAUUUCGCCUUGCGAAGAUGUUUCGAUUUAUCCUUCGGAGAAGAUAUUGAGUUUGAUGGGUUUCGACGAAGGUAAUAAUAAAAUGACGAAACAAUCUACACGUAAGAAAGGAACGGUUGCUAAUGGAAAACCUAGAUGGAGUUCAGUUGAUGGAAGGCUUAGUAAUCACAGCGAGGAAGAAGGGGCUAACGGUUCAGGUAGAAGUUCGACAUUUGGUGGGUUGGGAGGUAAUUCUGUUCAAAGUUGGCAUAAAUCGCCGCAGUUGAGAAUAACCGCGUCGAAAAGACAAGGAGAAACUAUAGCUAAAGGGCAUAAAAACUAUGAACUGAUGUUGAAUCUCCAACUAGGUAUCAGACAUUCUGUUGGAAGACCGGCUCCAAGUGCAUCUCUUGAUUUGAAAUCUUCCGCGUUUGAUCCCAAAGAGAAAGUUUGGACUCGAUUUCCGUCAGAAGGUUCGAAGCAUACGCCACCUCAUCCUUCGUGUGAAUUUAGAUGGAAAGACUAUUGUCCGGUAGUAUUCAGGGCUCUCCGAAAAUUGUUCAAAGUUGAUCCUGCAGAUUACAUGAUAUCAAUAUGUGGGAAUGACGCACUUCGGGAACUCUCGUCUCCCGGAAAAAGCGGAAGUUUCUUCUAUUUGACGAACGACGACCGGUAUAUGAUCAAAACCAUGAAAAAAGCCGAAGUAAAAGUUUUUCUGAAAAUGCUUCCGGCAUAUUAUAAACACGUUCGGGCUUUCGAGAACACACUAGUCACAAAAUUCUUCGGUCUACAUUGUGUAAAACUAACAGGAGCUGCACAUAAGAAGGUUCGCUUUGUCAUCAUGGGAAAUAUAUUUUGUUCUCAAUACACCAUUCACAGACGGUUUGACUUGAAAGGUUCAACGUUUGGUCGCACUACGGAUAAACCCGAGGCAGAAAUAGAGCCAACAACAACGCUUAAAGAUCUCGACUUAAAUUUCAUAUUUCGGUUGCAGAAAUCUUGGUUCCAAGAAUUUUGCAAACAAGUUUCGAGAGACUGCGACUUUCUUGAACACGAAAGGAUCAUGGAUUAUAGUAUGUUGGUUGGUCUUCACUUUCGAGAAACAACUUCGAAUGGCAAUGUUACACCUUGUAGUCGAAAUUCAGGAGCGUGCACCCCAUCUGGAUUUGACGAUGGAGGCCCUCGACUUUCUGGAGUCGACAUAGAUAAUCUCAUCGUAGAUCCUAGUCGGUGGAUUCAAUUAGGUAUAAACAUGCCAGCGCAAGCCGAAAUGGCUUUACGAAGAAGCAAUUGCGACACUCCUCAGUUGGUUGGAGAACCAACUGGGGAGUUAUACGAUAUUAUAAUAUUUUUCGGUAUCAUAGACAUAUUACAAGACUACGACAUUAGUAAAAAGCUUGAGCAUGCUUACAAAUCAAUCCAAUACGAUCCAACAUCAAUCUCAUCCGUUGAUCCAAGGCUAUACUCGAAACGCUUUCGCGAAUUCAUCUUCAGAGUUUUUGUAGAAGACACGAAGUAA